GCUCUUAAACCACGCCCCCGCGGGAACUCCUCGUCUCCCGCGCCACGGGGCUUCCCCCGCCGCUUGGCCACGCCCCUUUCCCCCCCGCCGUCCAAUCGCGUGGCCCCCGCCAACGCCUGGCCACGCCCCUUCGUGCUGUGCCCGCUCCCCUGGGUCCCUCUUCCACCCCCCCCCCCCCCCCCGGCCCCAACCUGUGCCCGGUCCUGCCACCGCCCGCCAUGGAGCCAAGCGGGGCCCAGAGCGGCACCCGGGCCUGCCUCGGCUUCUGCCGCACGCACAAGGGGCUGGUGAUGCUCGGAGAAAUCGUGCUGUGCGUGCUGGCGCUGGUGUGCUUCGGGGCCUCGCGCUCGCCAGGGUACUCGGGGCUGGCGGUGGCGCAGCUGGUGCUGGCGGUGCUGCUGCUGCUGGUCUGGGGCUGCCGCCUCCCCCCCCGGCUCCGCGGCGUCCACUGGGGCUGGACCGACUUCAUCCGCUGCGUGGUCGGGUGCCUGCUCUUCCUCAUCACGUCCCUCAUCGUCAUCAUUGGGCACCGCGACGGCGCCGGCACCGCGGCGGGGGUCUUCGGGCUCUUGGCCGGGAUCCUAUUGGGAUACGACGCCUACAUCACGCUGCCGACACGGCAGGACCACAGCGCGACCCCUGCUG